AUGGUGGACCCGUGGCGGCUGGGGCGGGUGGCCAGGUACCAGCCCCUGCCCACCGAGAGCAACUCGGCGUGGGAGGACCCCACCCCAAACAUGAACAUGCUGGACAUGGUCUCCAGCACGUGUGGGAUCCCGCUCAAGCUGAAGUCGUGCGCCUGGAUCGCCGUCUACUGCUCCGUCACCAGCUUCGCCAACCCCCGCAGAUCCGAGGACGCGAAGCAGAUGAUGAGCAGUGUCAUGCUCCCCACCAUGGCCAUGGUGAUGCCCUAGAUGCAGAACCACCAGCUCAUGUCCCACCUCUGGUGA